ACUUCAACAUGUUUGUUUUAAUCCCCGGAAAACAGAAACUUCCGGUAAUUCCCUUACGUAAUCCACCCCGUAUGAUACGGAACAAGUGAAAAUGAGAGGGGAGAAAGCAAAAACAUUCAACUUCUAUCGACCUAACUAUAUACAGGCGGUACAAUAACGAUGGCGACCCAGUGACUGCGCCACAGCGCGGAAGUGUGGGUGUCGGUGUUUUUCUUUUGUUUCUUUACAAAACCAAUCGGAGCACCCAUUGAUCCCUUAAACGAGUCCUUUUCGGGCCGCGCGUAAGAAAAAACUCCGUCGAUCAGCGCCAGUAAUGAAGAUUCAAUCUAGAAUGGCGGUGUCAUGGAUAGGGACUGGGCCGAAUCUGUAGACGAUUUAAUUUGUACGUUCGACGGUGUCGGCGACAGAACAAUGGACACCUUGGCGAUGUUCGUGUUCGGGUGGAUUUUGGCCGCCCUCUUCCUACUAUGGCUCGGCAAGCUGCUGUACUCGAAGUUCGUGCUCAAGGAAAAAUCGACCGAUACGACCAAGACGAAAAUCGAAAGUGCUACGACCGAAAAGUUAAGUGAAAAAGUGAUACCGGCCGCGGACGUAAUCGACGCGAAAGUUGCGAAAAAGCUCGGCGCGGGUGUUUCGAAAGGGAAAAGCGCGGCGCCCACGCCGCCCGUCAGAAAGAGAUUGACGAGACAAUCGCCCGGGCCCGAUUUGAGAAAGGCGAAAUUCAUACCGGCACCGCAGUGUACCGGACCGGAUAACGUCAGUGUUUUGUGGGUGAAUGACGUUUUCCAGUGGCUUUACAAUGACUUGGUUAUCGUCAAUGAACUACUAAACGUUUGGAUACAGUUCUUGAACGAUUACAGCAAGAAGUCGGUCACUGAGCAAGGCGUCGGAGUGGAAUUCAUUAGGAUACUUCCCGAAACGCACCCGCCGGCUUUAACGAAUUUAUUUUGCGAAUGCGACACACGAGAUGACGUGACUAUCACGUGCGAUUGCGAGGCGACGCCGGCAUUCCAAUUGAAAUGCUUCCGGCAAAAGGGCGACAAAGUCGAGACGUCGCACUAUCGGGUGAAUGUCAAUCGAUUUCGGGCGCGCCUCAACAUCUUCUGCGUCAGCGACAAGCUGCAGGCCGAGCUGAAGUGCGACGGGUGGCCGGAAAUUAAGGUCGCCCUCGCGCCCGUCGGUAACAUCAAGAAUAAUCUGGACGAGACCCAGCUGCAGGAGGUGAUCAGCGACAUCGUCGUCAACGCCUUGAGGAGUACGGAGGUGCAAUUAAAUCUCGGUUUGUAUCCGACAUGCCCGCGAUUGGUUCGCCACGUCGCGACGCCUGGACACUCUCUGCCCGUGCAUUAUGAUAGCAUGCUGAACGCCUUUACGUCGACGCCCAACCACACGGGCAUGCCAUUAAUUCGAAGCGAUAAGCGUCUCCUCGUUAAAGUGAUACGUGCCACCCAUCUCGGAGUGCAGAGCGGCUGUACUGAGCCGUACUGCGUUGUCGAAAUGGACGAGCCGCCUCAAAAGAAUCAGACCUCGGUGCAGAAGAGCACAGACUCGCCGUACUGGGACGAACACUUCUUAUUCGAUCUAUCUCCGAAUACCGCCGAGCUGCUAUUUGAAGUGUACGAUCGUGCGUCGAAGCCGCCCCGUUUCCUGGGUCUCGGUAUCGUAGGCGUGGAGGAGUUGCUGAUCAAUCCAUCGCAAAGACAAAUAAUUACGUUGCAAAGCCGUCCUUACGAAAGCGAUUCCGUUUCGGGAACGCUUACUGUUGAGUUUUUGUUCAUCGAAGGUGCAGAUAUUCCAAACUUGAGUAAUCAGCAGCCGUUUAAAGUUAAGGAAACUAUCCGCAGUCCUUCGCCGAGUGGACCCAUACGACACACGACCACUACUACAUACCACAACGAUUCCUUAAUGAACGGUGAUCACCUCGCAGCUACCGCCAUUAGCGAUUUGGAGCACCAUAAACCCCAGUACAACACAAAUAAGAGCACGCUUGUCAUUCACAGUGUCCAAAGGCAUCCAUCGCAGCGUCUCGUUAAGGUCGAACUAAACCGCGAAGGCAAUUGGAAGGAAGUCGAGCGUCUCGAAAAAAGCGUAAGCGAAACCGACGCGCCCGAAGACGCGCCGAACGGAAUAAUCACCGUUACCGAUUUAAACGGUGGCGCCCCCGUCGCGACUAAACCAUCGGACAGUCCGCAAGCCGAGUAUUCGUCCCAUCCGUCGGGAAAUUAUCUGUCGCCGUCGGCGACGCUCUCGCCAAUAACGCCGCUGCACGACCAACAUUUAGAUUUCCGAGGACGGCCGAGGAAGAGGCGGGACUUCUUCGGCACAAUAAAACGUAGGCUCAACAAAUCGAAGGGACGCUCGAAGUCGGCCGGCCCCGGCGAGAACGAUAUCGGACGAGACGAUUCGUUGAAUCGUUCCAUUUCGGCCGAUCGACGAAUUGAUGGAAGAGAAGAAACGUCUAGGAGAUCUAGUCUAUCAGAAGCGUCGGGUUUGAGUAGCGCCUCUACAAGAACGUACGUCAACGAGGCGAGCACCUUAGUCUUGGAAACGAUCGAGAACGGCGUAAAGAAACACUACCUGGUACCGUUGUCGCUCGCGCAAAAGUCGAAGUGGAGGAAAAAGGGCACCAAGUUGCACAUUUUUAACGACCACACGUUUAUCGCCAAGCAUUUAUCGGGUGGAACCAUUUGUCAGGUGUGCAGUAAGAGCGUCGCCCGUCGAAUCGGAAAGCAAGGUUACGAAUGCCGAGAUUGCCUCCUCAAGUGUCACAAGCACUGCCACGUCAAAGUGAACGACAACUGUCCCACAUCUACCAUCCUCAGCAUUGAAUUGAGCUACAUUGCCAAUCCAUACACUGACAAAAACAUUCGUAUGCUUUAACUAGGUAAAAAAAAGGUUUCGUCAGCAUAGUUUUUAUAAACGGGUAGUUUAGAGCGUUAGUUACAAUUUGCACAAAACAAACUGUUGCUUUUGUUAAAGGGGAAAUCUCACAAGGAGCGAUGUUUUUUUAUUUAUUAUUAUUUUACCGACUUGUUGUGUACUUGGUGCAUAGUUUAACUUUCGUUAUUUUUAUUUAUUUGUACAUACACUUUGUAAUCAUUAAUGGGUAUUUGUUGGCGAUCGUCAGUCUCAUCCCGGGACAGAGACUGCUACCAGUGAGAGGAAAUUUUCCACAAAAAAAAACCUAUUCAAUUUUAUGUGAUUUUUUAUGUACUUUAAUAAUUCUUACUUAAUAAGCUAUUUCCGCAAGACAACUUCAUAUCUACCGCUGAAUUUUAAAAAUUGUUCCUGUUGCGCUUCAAGCUUCAUGCUUUGAAAAAAACUUGUACUCUUCAAUCCCGUUUUGUUUAAUAUAUGAGAAAGAUAUUUUAAACUGUUUCAAGUUUUAAAUUUUAUAUAAAUGUGAAGUGCCUGUAUCAGAGAGGUAGCUGUAAAUUCAUUUUUUUCGUCAUUUCGUUUAUGAAGACAGAAUGUGUACUUAUUCGAUAUACAAAGUUAAUGGAAUAAGUCUUAAUUUAGUACUAAUUUUGUUAGUUGCAUAAAUAAAUAAUUUUUGUUUCUA